AUGUCUUUACCAGGCUCACAACGUGUUACUGGCACAGAUGGAAGUGAUUUUCAGCAUCGUGAAACUAUUGCUUCACACUACCGUGUUAGUGCAGAAACGAAAUCACGUCUACGCAUUUUAAUCUAUCUUCAUUUUCUUCUUGCAAGUCUUGUUGUUUUCCAAGUUACAGCUUAUCAUAUACCGGGCCUAACAAAACUAGAUGUUCCGCGGCCGCAUAUGUGGCAUUAUUUAUGGCUGAUUACAAUUAUUCCAUCGAUAUGUGGCCUAUUGGCUAUCAAUAAAAAUAAUAUUUUCCUAAUCAAAGUUUUCUUUCGUGGAACUGUUAUAUUUGGUCUUGGUACGACAAUGACAACAAUCAUCUUUAAUCUGAGCGAUUUAUUUACAUUUCAAAACUUGAAAUCAAAGAAGAAGUUGGACGACGUGGAGCCACAAACAUUUCUCGGCUUUCCACUAUUGGUACUUUGGUAUAUUUUCCUGAUUAUAAUGGUACAAAUUCAUGCGUUCAGUUUAUACAUGGCAAAUAUGUUGUUACAUUGUUGGCAACCGUAUAAACAAGCAAAAAGGAACUAG